CUAAAUUUUUUUCCCAGCAAGUUUACAAACAGACAUGCCUUCUUAAUCUCUUGUAUAUAGAAAUUGGGCUUUCAAUCAAUCAUCACAUUGAAAAAAAAAAAUGGCAAAGCAUAAUUCCCAUGUGAUUGCCCUAUUGUAUUUCAUGGUAGCCAUGUCAUCCAUUGUCGUCCGAGCAUACGACGUUCUUCUUGGUGCAUACUAUGGAACUGAGGGUAACAACCUCCCACCACCAGAGAAGGUGGUGCAACUCUGUCAAAAAUACAACAUUCGUCGCAUUCGGUUCAGUGAACCAAAUUUCGAUAUUAUCGAUGCGUUUCGUGGCAAAGAUAUCGAACUCUCUUUUAGCGUAACGGGCGAGUUGAUAACAAACAUGGCGACCAAUCACACGGCGGUGGAGGAGUGGUUUGUCAACUACGUCGCACCAUUUAUCGGCGAUUUCACCAUCAACUACAUCAUUGUUGGUGACAAGGCCAUACCUGGACUAGACGACAACAUAUUGCCUGUCAUGAAAUCCCUUCAAGUUCUCCUCAAUGGUCGUUACCUCGGACAAGUGAAAAUCACCACAUUGGUUGGCUUAGCCGCUUUGGGGGUCCAAACCCCUCCAUCUAGUGGCACUUUUGACCCAAACGUUUUAGAGAACAUGAGAGGAAUCCUUCAGUUCUUACAUGGACAAGGGUCGCCUUUGAUGCUUAGCUUAUAUCCCUAUCAAGAAUAUGCUUAUACGGGGAACAGUAAUAAUAUAAGUUUGGGUUAUGCAAACUUCAAUUCCCAAUUAGAAAAAAACCCCCCGAUACGAACUUAUGGGGACUUAAGUUAUAACAACCUCUUUGAUGAAAUGGUGGAUACUUUCUAUGCAGCAAUCGAUAAGGCAAAUGUCGGAGAUGUCCCCAUUGUAAUUGGGGAAACUGGUUGGCCGACCAAUGGGAAUUAUGGUGGAAGCCCAAGCCUUGCAGCUACAUACAAUAGAAAUUUUAAGAAUCAUAUUUCCUCCGGGAAGGGGACACCAAUGAAGCCAAAUAUUUAUAUUGAAGGAUUCAUCAGAAGUUUAUUCAACGAGAAUGAAAAGCCUGAAGCAAAAAGUUGGAGAAAAAAACAAAAAGCCGACCAAGAUCGAAAUCUCUGUCGGUCGGUUUUGUUGUUAAUGGUAGACGAGAUCAGUUUGGCCAUUCCCAUUCCGAUUAUUGGUCACCCCUAAUCAGUAAUUGAGGUUCUACAAGGUUAUAUAUUAGUGUCUACACAUCAAAUCCUUCCUCUCUUGACAUAUUUUCUAUUUUAUUUUAGAUUUUCAUUAAUUUCUUAGUGCCUCGAGAUCAAAUCCUUUCCUUCUUGAUAUAUUAGUGCCUCGAGAUCAAAUCGUUGUAUUAGAUCUAUUUAUACCAUGUAUCAAUAUCUCGAUCGAUGAGCUCUUCUUUUAGCAUGAUCAUGUAAACAAUGGGCAACAGUUGUAGUGGACAUAUAUUGCUUUGGGUUGGGCAUGCAUGGGACACGAAUGCUAACACAUUAAAUGAACUAAUAAUCUA